CGUGCGCGCCCGCCCGUAGCGCCCUCGUCGCCGCCCCUCGUCUCGCAGCAGCAGCCCGCGUGGACGCUCUCGCCCGAGCGCCCCGGACUAGCCCCGGGGUGGCCCACUGGCGCGCGGGCGAGCGCACGGGCGCUCCCGGCCGGCAGCGCGGGGGUUAAGCGGCCCAAGUAAACGUAGCGCGGCGAUCGGCGCCGGAGAUUCGCGAAGCCGGCACCCCGCGCCGUCCGCCGGCCACGACCCGCGGCGCGACCGCCGCGCAGCGCCACAGCCAGCCUCGCGACAGGAAACCAUGAAGGGAGACAGUAAACACCUGAACGAAGAAGAGGGUGCCAGCGGGUAUGAGGAGUGCAUCAUUGUCAAUGGGACCUGCAGUGACCAGUCCUCAGACACAAAGGAUGCGCCCUCACCCCCAGUCCUGGAGGCAAUCUGCACAGAGCCAGUCUGCACACCAGAGACCAGAGGCCGCAGGUCAAGCUCACGGCUGUCUAAGAGGGAGGUCUCCAGCCUUCUGAAUUACACGCAGGACAUGACAGGAGAUGGAGACAGAGAUGAUGAGGUGGAUGAUGGGAAUGGCUCUGAUAUUCUAAUGCCAAAGCUCACCCGUGAGACCAAGGACACCAGGACACGCUCUGAAAGCCCAGCCGUCCGAACCCGAAAUAGCAACGGUACCUCCAGCCUGGAGAGGCAAAGAGCGUCCCCCAGAAUCACCCGAGGCCGGCAGGGCCGCCACCAUGUGCAGGAGUACCCUGUGGAGUUCCCAGCUACCAGGUCUCGGAGACGGCGAGCAUCAUCUUCAGCAAGCACACCAUGGGCAUCCUCUGCCAACGUCGACUUCGUGGAAGAAGUGAUAUCUAAGAGAAGCAGUACCCCAUUAGUUGACUUGAACCAGGACGGUGAUCAGGAAGGCAUGGAUACCACACAGGUGGAUGCAGAGAGUAGAGAUGGAGACAGUACUGAGUAUCAGGAUGAUAAGGAGUUCGGAAUAGGUGACCUCGUGUGGGGAAAGAUCAAGGGCUUCUCUUGGUGGCCUGCCAUGGUGGUGUCCUGGAGAGCCACCUCCAAGCGCCAGGCCAUGCCUGGAAUGCGCUGGGUCCAGUGGUUUGGUGAUGGCAAGUUUUCUGAGAUCUCUGCUGACAAACUGGUGGCUCUGGGGCUGUUCAGCCAGCACUUUAAUCUGGCCACCUUCAAUAAGCUGGUUUCUUAUAGGAAGGCCAUGUACCACACUCUGGAGAAAGCCAGGGUGCGAGCUGGCAAGACGUUCCCUAGCAGCCCUGGAGAGUCAUUGGAGGACCAGCUGAAGCCCAUGCUGGAGUGGGCCCAAGGGGGCUUCAAGCCCACUGGGAUCGAGGGCCUCAAACCCAACAACAAGCAACCAGAGAGCAAAAGUCGAAGACGCACAACGGAUGACUCUGCCGCUUCUGAGUACUGUACCCCACCCAAGCGCCUCAAGACAAAUAGCUCUGGUGGGAAGGACCGAGGGGAGGAUGAGGAGAGCCGAGAACGGAUGGCUUCUGAUGUCACCAACAACAAGGGCAAUCUGGAAGACCGCUGUUUGUCCUGCGGUAAGAAGAACCCUGUGUCCUUCCACCCCCUCUUUGAGGGUGGGCUCUGUCAGACUUGCCGGGAUCGCUUCCUGGAGCUCUUCUACAUGUAUGACGAGGAUGGCUAUCAGUCCUACUGCCAGGAGCCGCCCAAGUUGUACCCAGCCAUUCCUGCAGCCAAAAGGAGGCCCAUUAGAGUCCUGUCUCUGUUUGAUGGAAUUGCGACAGGGUACUUGGUGCUCAAGGAGUUGGGUAUUAAAGUGGAAAAGUACGUUGCCUCCGAAGUCUGUGCAGAAUCUAUCGCUGUGGGAACUGUUAAGCAUGAAGGCCAAAUCAAAUAUGUCAACGACGUUCGGAAAAUCACCAAGAAAAAUAUUGAAGAGUGGGGCCCAUUUGACUUGGUGAUUGGUGGAAGCCCCUGCAACGAUCUCUCUAAUGUCAAUCCUGCCCGCAAAGGCCUCUACGAGGGCACGGGAAGGCUCUUCUUCGAGUUUUACCACUUGCUGAAUUAUACACGCCCCAAGGAGGGUGAUGACCGUCCAUUCUUCUGGAUGUUCGAGAAUGUUGUGGCCAUGAAAGUGAAUGACAAGAAAGACAUCUCCCGAUUCCUGGCAUGUAACCCAGUGAUGAUAGAUGCCAUCAAGGUUUCUGCUGCUCACAGGGCCCGGUACUUCUGGGGUAACCUACCCGGAAUGAACAGGCCCGUGAUAGCUUCAAAGAAUGAUAAGCUCGAGCUGCAGGACUGCUUGGAGUUCAGUAGGACAGCAAAGUUAAAGAAAGUGCAGACAAUAACCACCAAGUCGAACUCCAUCAGGCAGGGGAAAAACCAGCUUUUCCCUGUAGUCAUGAAUGGGAAGGACGACAUUCUGUGGUGCACUGAGCUCGAAAGGAUCUUCGGCUUUCCUGCUCACUAUACAGACGUGUCCAACAUGGGCCGUGGUGCCCGCCAGAAGCUGCUGGGAAGGUCCUGGAGUGUGCCAGUCAUCAGACACCUGUUUGCCCCCUUGAAGGACUACUUUGCAUGUGAAUAGUUCUACCCAGGACUGCGGUGCUCUACCUAGGACCCAGUGCCCAGAGUCACCCCUUCCUGACAUCACCUCACCUUUCCCCUUCUUUAGCUCACCUGUGUGGGGCCUCACAUUACUGUACCUCAGCUUUCUCCUGCUCAGUGGGAGCAGAGCCUCCUGGCCCUCACAGGGGAGCCCCAGGUGCUCCCUCUGUGUGCCCAGCUCAGACCUGGCUGCUUAGAGUAGCCUGGCAUGGUGCUCAUGUGUUUUCUCACCCUGAAACCUUAAAACUUGAAGUAGGUCGUAAGAUGGCUUUCUUUUUUCCCUCCUGAGUUUAUCACUCAGAAGUGAUGGCUAAGAUACCAAAAUGAUAGCUCUCUUAGUACUCAGGUUCAUGCUGCAAAAUCACUUGAGAUUUUGUUUUUAAGUGACCCGUGCUCCACAUUUGCUAGAGGAUGCUAUUGCAGAUGUGGGCUCACAUGAACAAGGUCAAGGGGCCAAAAUUUUUUUGGUUUUGUUAUUUUUCCUUAGGAGUAUUUGAAGAUGACGUGUAUGGCUUAAGUCUUCCUGGCACCUUCCCCUUGCUUUGGUACAAGGGCUGGAGUCCUGGGGGUCCUGUAGCAUUUGUUUCCUAGUGCGAUGAUGUCAGCAGGGAUGACAUCAUCACCUUUAGGCCUUUUCCCUGGGCAGGGGCCCACAUAGCUAGUCCUCAUGAAGACUGGAGUAGAAUGUUUUGAGCUCAGGAAGGGUGGGUGGAGUGGCCCUCUUCCAGGUGUGAGAGACUGGAAGGAGGGAGCUUAGGGAAAGCAUUCCCCACUCCCUCUCGCCAAAUGGGCCCUGGCCCCCACAGCUCAGGUCACCAGCUCAGUAUGACCCCCUAGUUCCUCAUGAGAAGCCAGGGCCAGGAGUACAUUGUUUUCCUUUAUAUAAGUGAUGCUUGGGGAAACUACAAGGAAAAGCUUCUGGAGAUUUUUUAAAAGCUUUUUUACCCCAUGAUAGAUACAUUGUAUUUUUAAGGGGUGUUCCUUUUUUAAGGGCUUCACUGGAGAUGAGAAAGCUGCAUUUCAGAAAUGCCAUUGUAAUGGUUUUUAAACACCUUUUAUUGUAAUUACAGGUGCUAUUUUAUAGAAAGCGAACAACACUCGGGGGCUUUUUAUAGACUUUUUAUGACUCUCACACUUCUAUUUUCAUGUUCCCUUUUUUUGUAACUGGAGCGGUGUCACAGGUGUGGGGAGACUGCCUUGCUUCAACAGUUUGUCUCCACUGCUUUCUAAUUUUUAGGUGCAAAGAUGACAGAUGCCCAGAGUUUACCUUUCUGGUUGAUUAAAAACUGUAUUUCUCUAUAA